AUGAAUAGAUUCAAAACCCGAAGAAAGGCGAAAGCCGAGCCACCUGGCAACCUAGGGAUACCCGACAGCGCCGAGAAUCCCUCGACGCAUUCGCUGAAUCCUCUGAAGAAAUCAAAGAAGAAACAACAGCCCCCGGCACGGCCCGAAAUUGACCUCUCAAAUGUUCUUCCAUCAAACGAUACCUUCCGCACCAGUCUUAUCAUGCCAAAACUAUCAGCCCGGUUCAGCAUGCUGCGGGAUCAAGAUGAUCCUCUGUCGCUGGUUGGCAAGGCCAACGAUGAUAGCGUCUUGGAUGUCAAGCGCCAAUCGAGGCUCCUUGACUAUGGCUUCCUUCGCCGGGACCUCUCAAUAAUAUCAGAAGUGACAUCCAGCGGAUCACUGCGGGCGCCUUUCGAAGCUGGACAGCAUGAGUCAUCCAUUUCUGGUGAGAGUUACGGGACAGAAGAAGAAUCUCGUAACCAGGGAGGCGUUUUGAACCGAUCGAGACCUUUUGAAUCAAAUAAUAUGUUUGGUGGCAGACAAAAAGCCUUCAAGGUGAUGACCUCGGACUUGGACGAAAGUCAGAGCUCCGGCCAGAAACCGCCUCGAGGCGGAGCGCUUUAUGAGGCAGAUGUUCCCACCGCUAGUUUCCAUGGCCCAAAGGAGAUGCCUUUGGCAGAAAGCGUUUCUCCUCAACCCUCAAAUCGCGAAGAAUUAACCGAUGUUGACCACAAAGAAGACAUGUUUGAGCGGUCGUCGGCGAUCUCCAACAAACGUACAACUUCCUCAUCAACAAAUUCUGGACCGUCCGUCACUCGAACCUCAACGGUCGCAUCUUCAGUAGGCUCCCAGAUUGCGGCUUUGGAGGCUUCCAUUGCUGCCGCAUCUACAUCUACCGCCAAGCCUUCGAAAGAGCCGGCGGGCACCAGUGCCCAGAACGUUGACCGAACCCCGGCAAGACCAAAGCGUCUAUAUGAGCGUGGACUCGACCAACAUCUUCAUGAUCAACAGUCUUCGGCCCUAAAUAGGCUCGACACCAUCCAUCGUCUACGCUCCCGUCCCCCUCCCUUAGACAUCAAGCAAUCGAAGCCAAGAAGCGCUUCGAAUCCGCCAGAUUCACUGGGUCGGCCUAAGCAGAUGGCUGUGGUGCCGAAUCGAAAAGAAGGUUCGCUGCCGCCUUCUCCGGCUCCAGGAUUUGACGGGUUCGACUUUCGAUUCGAGAGCCUCGAAUCGAAGGAUAGUAAGCCCGAUCUUGCAUCUGCGCCAUUGUCGAGUCCAACGAUUAAUCGGAUGGAGGAGCCGCUGCCCUCCCCUGCUGCCGUUUCUACGGCAAGUAACGGCAGAAGAGGGUCUGCUGCAACUGUGUCAACGCACGGCGGAUCACAAUCGUCACGACGUCCAUCAGAUGCGAACGGAGUAGAGAAGCCUUUGCUGCGCUCCAAGGCCUCACCCCUGGUGGAUAAAUUUCAGCCUUCCGAGUCCAAGUCACGCAGCUCCGAGGAAGUGGAAAAUAGAAACCAAAGCGCAGGGCCUCGGCCUAAUCACGUGCAAGCCUAUGGCGUGUUCCAUCGUGCCGCGGAGAAGUUCAAAUCAGACGCAAGUACUCCUAACGUUCAGCGUGAGAAUGAAGCAGAGGGCACAUUUUUUGCAAAUUUUAGUGAGAGUGAAAGUGAGCACAGUAACGACUGGCAUGUACGGUCCAGGAAUCGAGGUGGAAGCGAGGACGAUCCACGACCGGCACCACUUCGUCCGUCCAAUGCAAAAGUUCGACGGCCCUCGAAGGAGACCAAUGGACCAAAAUACCCAAAGCUGUACACCUAUUCCGAACAGGAUAUGUCUCCUGUCAGCACCACAUUUCCUGCAUUUAUCACAGGUCACCAAGAUCAAAUCCAUCGUAGUGGCAAUAUGCCAAGCAACUUCAACGAAGACUCUCCGACUCUUGGACCGGUUUCAGGACUGAACGGCCUAAUCAGGCAACAUCUUCGCAUGGAUAGCUAUCAAUCUUCUCUGAAUUUGGCGGUCGAUGCUGAUGCUUCAACGGCAGGCAUAGACUUUCCUGAACCGUUGACACCUAGUGAGACUGAUGACGACCGGAGUGGACGACUCGCUGGUCAGCGAAAAGGAUCUCAGAAUUCUCACGAUGCAGCAGCAUCUCCAAUAGGAUGGCCCUCUUCAAAUACCAUGGAUGAUUCUCAGUCUCGCUUGAGACAAGAUGCCCCAAAAUUUGCCCCUUGGGAGGAAGAGGCGCGAGGCCGUCACGCUCGCGGCGGAAGCACUGAGACCCAGGUGGAGCGAGCAGAGUUUGCCAAUGAGCUUGCUCAGAGAAGGAGAAUGAUUGAGCAAAAUGUGCGAGCCUUCACGGAGACUGAUAUUCGUUCUGCAAGUCGUGCUGAGAGCACCAUUCCGGCUCAUCCCCUUCGAGAUCCUCCACCAAAGCCUUCCAACCCCUUCGGUCUUCUCAAGUCAAAGUCGAGCAAGUCAUCGCUGUCGGGAAAGCAAGAGGGGUCUAAUAAGUUAUCAAAGGUACGGCUGCCAAAUUCGAAUGGUUUACGAAGUAGACAGUCGGAGGAAGAACUCCGCAGGCAGUUGGAGGAGGAAAUUCUUCGAGAGAUUAUCCGGGGCCCCAAAAUUCCUGGCGUGCAGUCCAAAGUCUGGCCGCGAGAGCAUCAGGCGAUUGGAAGAGAAAAUGAAGCCACUCAUUAUAGUGUACGGCACGCUUCCGAUCCUGAGCGACCGCCCAGCCGGUCUCAUCAACGGACCGCGAGCAGAGAUCGGUCAGUCUCUGAAGCUUCUGCUGGACGAUCUCGAAGCCGAAGCCGAAGUCGGCAGAGAGAGGCCCCCCGACACACUGUGAUGGAGGCAUUUGAUUCUGUGUUUGGAGAGACCCCGGCUGCAGGCUUUUCCAGACCCUCACCGGACAUGUCCGGCUCUAUGAAUUCCGAGCACAGUUCCAUUGCAUCGCCGUCCAGAUUUCGGAGUAAUAGUAACUCUCCUGCACUCCCAAACUAUUUUGAACGACCUGGUGUUCGACCCAACCACUCACGGCCAGCGUCUCCGGCGAUUGGAUUGUCUUCGCAUCCAUCUCCUGCGAUGCCCAUUUCGGGAAACUCCACGCCUCCUCUUCACGAUGGCGUACCUAUUUCCCAGAAUUCGCCGCCAAAUGGACCGAUAUUUUACGGGGAGCAGCCCUUGACUCGCACGUACCGUAAGAAACCAAUUCAGAAGUCUGAUAUCUCGGAACCUACAUUUGUAUCGUCUACCUCAAGUGUCACCACUAUUGACCUCCCUCAGGGUGCGAGUCUUCGCAACCAUGAUGGAGAGGGGACGAGUCCACCACCUGUGCCUCCAAUCAAUCCACGCCGCAAGCGCGGAACCGCAACACAAUCGUUCUUGGGUGCCUUUGGUGGCCGGAAUGACAAAACUGAGCCUGCGCCAGCUCCUCAGCCGUCUCCAGUACCCCAAAGCGCCGUCUCACCUCUUCAGCCGGUGGAGGAACAGAGCAGCUGGUCUGACGAUGAGGACAGCCCCAAACGCAAACCCAGACACCGGCUCCGGAAGAGCAUCAGUGAGGGAACUAGCUUGCGCAUUCGCGCCAAGCAGCAGUCCGUUGUGGUGCCUAACACGCCUCCAUUGCCCAGGUCCCCAAUCCCCCCGGCUACCGCUGAGGGUCACCCAUUCUGA